AGAUAGGUUGUCAUUUCCUCAUUUCCAAGCCCCACUCCUUGUGGGGGCCCAGAAAUCUCUUUUAAGCAUCAGACGGCACAGGGCUCCGGGGUGAGCAGCGGGCCUCUGUCCCCCUCUUCGGGGGGCCCUUGGAUGGGACCUUGCUCUGGAAGGAGCCAUGGACCUGUGGCUUUGGGCGCUUUACUUCCUUCCAGUAGUCGGAGCCCCGAAGGUCCUUCCAGAAGUAAAGAUGGAGGGAAUGCUGGGAGGAUCCGUUACCAUCGAGUGCCCACUUCCUGAAACGCAUGUGAGGAUAUAUCUGUGCCGGACCAUUGACGAGUCUGGAAGAUGCACCACCGUGGUGUCCAGCAACAAAUUCGUCAGGGAGGAAUUCAAGCACCGAGUCACGCUGGAGCAGUGUCCAGACAGGAGUCUGUUCCUUGUGGUGAUGACAGAGCUGACCAAGAAUGACAGCGGGGUCUAUGCCUGUGGGGUGGGCAGGAACACAGACCGAGGCAAGACCCAGCAGAUCACCCUGACUGUUCACAGCGUUUACGAGCCAUCCUGGGAAGAAGAGCCGAUGUCUGAGCCUCCAGCAUGGUUUAAUAGAUUUCUACAAAUGCACAUGCCUCCUUGGUUCCAGAUGCCCGCACAUGCCAGUUCUUUAAAAUUCAUGUCCAAAGUAACCACACCAACUCAAAGGACCAAGUCUCCUCGAGCACACCAGGCCUCCCCCAACCCCUCAGUCACCCACCGCCCCCAAGUUUUCAGGGCAUCUUCAGUAGCAACUGCUGAGCCCACCAUCUUUCUGCCAGCCAUCACAACCUCAAAAACCUCAGCUCAGAAGGGGCUUCUCAGACUCCAGACGGCCAGCUACAACCACCAAACCAGGCUUCACAGGCAGAGAGCCUCCAACCAGGGCCCGGGCGCUGCGUCUGGGAUGGAAGACCAAGGUGUCUUCAUCCUGAUCCCCACCAUCCUGGGUCUCAUACUCCUGGCGCUUCUGGGGCUGCUGGCGAAAAGGAUCAUUCAAAGACGGAAAGCUCUCUCCAGGCGGGUCCGCCGACUGGCCGUGAGGAUGCGCACGCUGGACGCCUCCCAGCGGGCCCUGUCCCGGCGGCCGCGCGUGUCCCGGCGGCCGCGCACCCCGAGCAAUAUCUACAGCGCCUGCCCUCGGAGGCCCCGCGGCGUGGACGCGGCUGGUGGAGGGGCCGCAUCGCCCCCGGUCCCCGGAGCGCCCGCAGCCUCCGCCCAGCCGCAGGUACCUGAAACUCCCUGGCUCCAUGUCCCAUCUCUGAAGAUCGACUGUGAAUAUGUAAGCUUCUGCCACCAACCUGCUGCCAAGGUGGAGGACACUGAUUCCAAUGACUACGUCAACGUUGCCUGCCUGACUCACCUCUCCAGCUGUGCCCCUGGGCCCAGACCUUGGUGUCAAUGAGUCUUGUCUGUCUGCCGGCUCCCAACACCCACUCCAUCUGUUUCAGAACGCUUGUUACCUCCCCACCUCAAGUCUUGUCCCUGCCUGUUUGCCCUGAGCACUGAUCAGUCUCCCCUCCUCCAGCUCUCCUUACACACUUUUGAACCCCCGUGGUUUUCAGGUGGCCUCUGGGAAUGCAGAGCAUUUGCCCUGUUGCCACCUGCCUCCUCUCCAAGCCAUGUGACAGCCUAUGGACUUGCAGAGUCUUUUUGAUCACAGGGUCCUUACUCCCCUGGCUCUAGACCACAUGGCCUUGGACUGGAGUGGAGGCAUAGCUGUUGCUUUGAAAGCCCUUCUCGAGCUUGAGUUCCCCACCAGCAGAAGGUACCUGGACUGCCCUGUGAAGACACGCUUCAGCCCUGAGCUAGGAAGGGACCUUGGUAUGAAACACCCCUGGCAACCUCUCUGCCCCAGUCUUAGGGCUAGCACUUACUAGUGAUCUUCUGUUUGUCUGGAGUCCUGUGGUGACGGCAGUUUAUUUGGAUGUGAUGAAGGGUUGUAAAUUUUCAGAACCAUCCUUGUUAGUGACAUACGUGGAUACCCUCUUUAGGUCUUCCUCCCUUGAUCCACGUAAGUACCCUGACUCCAGCAUUUUCUCCCUUUAAGAAAUAGAAUAGCUUUUGUUAUCUAUUUAUCCUUGUUCUAUAGCCUAGUACUAUCUUAGCCAUGGUCUCUUUGAGCUAUCCAAAGCCAUUACAACUCUCUGCUUUCAGAAAUACAGUCUAUUCCAGUCCAAGUGGCUUAUGGCCAGGUGGGGAAGGACAGUGAUCUGGGGUUCCUGGCGGGCCCAUUGUUCUGCAAGAGCACUGACAUCGUGGAAGAAGAGACUGCCCACAUCCUAUUCAUCCUCCUAAGUGUUCUGAAGGAGGGUAGAGUUAGGCAGACAUUGUAUCUUUGGAUUGAAAUCAACUACAAAGUUCAACCAGAGCUGGAGACGAGAGAAUGCCCAGUCUUGCUUUUAGGAAGAAGGCCUUUCCCAGGCACACAGCUCAGCCUCACGGGGCACUGGUCCAGUGCUAGAAAGCAGAGGCUCCCGAGGUCCCUGCCUUAUGAGCAGGGAGUGCCCUCACAGGUGGGACUGUGCGUCCAGGCAUGAGGACACCAGCCACAGUGUCAGCCUGACUCCAGCCCCCCAGGCGGGCAACAAAGGCGGAUGAGCAGGAUCAGAAAGAGCACCUGAGGGGCGGGGCUGGUGGGACCGGGUGGGAAGGGCAGACGGAAGAGGCGAGAGGUGGCGCUGAGGGGGAGUCUGCUUUGUGCUGGGCACCCUCUGCGCUCUGUCUUUCACCAUUUACAUUCCAACCAGUGCUCUCACCUCACCCAGCGCUCUGUUCCUGCAGAUGUCGUUUGUGACCAUGUGAUUUCCAUGCCCUGAGGCUCAACUCCAUAUCCCAGCAUCCCUCAUUGUUCCUCAGCAAUUCAAAGACAGGUUUUAAAAAAUCCAAUUUAUUAAGCGUUUCCUGAGCAUUCCCAUCCACUAACCCCACACAGUGGUGAGGAUUGUGGGGGGAAACAGAGAAACGUGAAGAGGGCAACUCCAAAAGACAGUUUCACUGAAAUAGAAGUUUCAGUCUGACAAAUAAAUAUGGCAUCAGUUAAAACACUGAUGGGAAUUAAAUAGAGUUGUAAUAAAUAUAGGAAUCUGCUUUGUAGAUUAUUCACAGCAUCCAAGGGAACCUUCCAUGACUGUUGUUGCGGUCACUUAAAAGAAUGAAGUCGUAAGCUGGAGCCAAGAACAGGACCCAUGGUCAAGAGUGUGAAGUGCCCAGAGGACAUCAUGGGAAGGGACCCUCAUCUGAAAUGACGCGGAGAAGAAGGAAGGUAUCCUGGUCUAGGCCUUCAGAGCUGGUAGAAUUUCUCCAUCCAGCUCAAGAGAAUGUCCAUUUCUCCAAAGGCUUUGGUCACAGCUGCUUCUCUGUCCAACUAAAGGGAAAG